AAGUUGAAGAUGAAGUGCAAAGUCUUAAAGGUAAUAGUGAGACCACACGUACGCACAAUUUGAGAGCAUCACAUUAAUUCAUUAAGAAAACAAAGUAUAGAAGCUGAAGACCCCUACGGAGUGUGCUCGUUGAUGUGGCCUGUGGCCAUCUUAGUUAACUUGAACGAAGGAAACUGUUUGCAUGAGAAUAGCGUUCAGUUCCCAGUGGACUGCUUUGCUCCUUCAACAUGACUACCAUGACGUCCAAGCGGACAAACACUAUAUUGACAUGGAAAAAAACCGUCACCUGAAGUGACAUAAUUACUUCAUAUGUUUUUUCUGUGUCUUCUCAAGAGUCAUAAUAUAAAAACUGUCCAAAAUAAAUCUGGUAGAUGAACAUAACAAGAUUUGAAACAUCUUAUUCCCGUGGAGAAGUUAUGAAUAGCAAACGACAAGUAAAGGGAAAACUUGGUCACGUGGUAUAAAUUCACGUUUUCCGUAAACGUUCUUCCAAAUCUCCCUAAUACCCUAUUUUUUGCGUAGCUAAGUUUUGAAAUGUAAACGUACGUUUCUGAAUUCUUAGUAAGACGUUUUUUCUUUUCGUCUGUCUCACUCUCGUGCACAGAAAUGUUUCAUGACUUGACUGCAAAGGAAUCUGCUAUGUCAAAUGCUUCUCUCCAAGACCCAUUGAUGCCGUGUGGUAGGUUUGAUGUAAUGAAAACUGAUUAAGAGAACAAUUUUAUUAAUGAACAGACCUAAUGAUAUCUGGAAUACCAAAUGAGACGGUCCGGAUAAGGUAUCAAAAACCGUUUUAACAAAGAGGUUAAACUGUUUGUCUAAAAACGUUUUUCACGAAAGUUUUGAUGAUUUUAUGAAGCAGUUUACGCUUCCCUAUGAGUGCUGCAGUGCGAUGAUCGUGAUGAUGGUUUGCGUGUGCCCAACUGAGGGUUUAACUUGCAGGUGUGACUCAAGGUCUUGUAACUCAAACCCUAACUGUAAUCCUAAUACCUUCAUUCGCUCCCUUACCUGUACCUGCAAAUUAGAUUUAGCCCCUCUGGGUGCACAAAUAAGUCAAUCCUCGUUGAUGCAGAUUCACUUUUCUUUUGCCUCACCCUACGAUUACUUGAGAAAUGCAAAUUACUUCACAGGUAGCUCUUGCAGAAAAUAUGACGGUCAGCAUUGCUGCGUAACCUUUCAUAAAAGAAGCAUAAACAGGAUGGUAUAAAUCGGCUCAGGGAACUCAUAAGACAGAAGAAACGCGCAACUGAAGUAACUUCUUCUUCUUCUUCUUCUUCUUCUUCUUCUUGAAGAAGAAGAAGAAGAAGAAGAAGAAGAAGAAGAAGAAGAAGAAGAAGAAGAAGAAGAAGAAGAAGAAGAAGAAGAAGAAGAAGAAGAAGAAGAAGUUUCUUCUUCUUCUUCUUCUUCUUCUAUUACUAUAAAGAUGAUUCUUCAAAGCGGUCAGGGUUUCCAUAAAAAAAGUUUUCAAAGUCCUAUUAAAAAAAGUUAUUUGUCGGUUUCAAAAAUGUUGAUCCAACCAAACCUUGCGAGAGGCAACUCAACCAUGUCUUGCGGCAGGCUUUUCCAUUCUUUUAUAGUUCUUGGAAAGUAUGACAAUUUGUGGUAGUUUGUAGUGGAAUGAAAACCAAAUCAACAAAGAGAGUACUCAAACUUUUUCUUGGAAUUACUAACAUAAACUGCUGGCUCACUGAAUAUAUACCGAAUUAACAGGCGAAUACUAAGAAAUGUUAGAGCCUGCAAGCAACCUUUUUCCAUUGUCAAAGCGAACAGAGCGAGCCGCGAAAAAACACACGAGCGAGGCGGGAAGGGAAGGGAUAGUCCCCGUUUCUUUUUCUGCCCCUCGUUUUCGCGUCUUCUUUUCUGUACCGCUCGCGUGAGACUUGUCUCGAUAUUUCCCGGAUUGAGAGCUUGAUGGCGGGAUAGAAAUGCUACAAUUUUCAUCAUUGUGGGAGGUGAUUAGUUGCAUUAUCAUAAUUCAAUUCACGAGGUUUUCACGUCUAUUUCUAUAUAAACAAAAAUCAAUUGCCUCCUCCUAUAAAGGCAUAGGCUUUUGCUAAAGGCACUGGCUAUAAACUAAAUAGGUGUAAAUUUAGACGCUUCAGUUACUAUUUUUACCCUGAGCAGCAAGUCUGCAUGAGAUCUACCGUCACGCAGCGUACACGUGAUAGUGUUGUGCCCCUUUCGCGUUUGGUACGUAGACAAUUCGACUUAAAAUAAGAAACGAAAAAAAAUAAGCGAGGUUUUAGACGUAACUGUCGUGCACGCAGUUUGCACGUGAAGAGGGUGGAUUUGCCCCCUUUACGUGGAAGAGUUCACCUUGUUUACGAGCUUAAUUUGUUCAAAACGAUUUGAAGGAAUCGCCUCCUUUUCGAACAUCUUCAAUGGAAUAAUGCGUUAUUAAUAGCCGAACAUGAAUUAGCUCCAAUACAAUUAUCAAAAUACCGAAAUACUAAAUAUGUCAUUCCACUCUCUAACAAUUUCCAUUCUCCUCAUACAUCGGAUACCACCCGACUACGGAAUUUUGGGCGACAUCAAGUUAUCACGUUAAGUGAGGAAAAUUUAACCUGUCGUCGACUAGCAUGCUUAGUUUAAUCCAGGGUGUGAAUAUUUGGUAUAUACUUUUAGCUAACUCAUUGCCGUUUUUCGCCCUAUGUCAUUUCAGAGAAACUAAUAGAACUUAUCAGACGAGACUACAAAGGCGCUGUGCUGUGUCCCUUUCCAUGGUGUGAAGAUGAACUACAGCUGAAGCUAUCGAACAUCUUUACAAGAUUGCAAAUAGUUAAUAGAAAAAAAGAACGCUCAGUACUAACGGGUGACUCUGUCAAUAUGACAGACGUGUUCAAGCCACACCAAGAGUGUCUCAAUCCAAGAGUGGUGCUGAUCGAGGGGAAUCCUGGGAUGGGAAAAACCACGUAUUGUCAAAAGUUGGCCUAUGAUUGGUCCGUGGGGGAAAUUCCACCUGAUGCGUCGUUUCCAGAAGUGAAGAUAAUGCUUCUGUUGAAGUGCCGUGACAUGCACAUGAAAACCGCUAACAUUGAGGAAGCUAUCGAUGAUCAGCUUUUACCACAAGAUGCAGGCAAGAAGGAAAAGGAAGACUUUUUCCACUUUAUUCGCUCUAAUCAGUCCAGAAUCUUGUUGGUUCUUGAUGGUUUGGACGAGCUACGUGAAGAUCUGGUAAAGGGUUUUCUGCCUUUGAUUCAAGGCAAAGUCUUUGCUAAUGUGUACCUCAUGUUAACUGCUCGACAUGAAGCUGGAAUGAAAGUAAGGCGUUAUUGUGACACGCUUCUUGAACUUGUUGGUUACACAGAAGAUGACGUUGAAAGUUACAUUAAGAGGUAUUUCAGAAAUCAUGAGGAUCAGAGCCUUGCUGACAAAAUGAUAAAACACUUAAAUAGUGACAGAAAUCUCAAGGAGUUAACGGUAAAUCCACUAAAUACAGCGUUGUUGUGUCUUCUCUGUGAAGAAACAAAAGGAGUGUUUCCUUCCGGAAGAACUAAGAUGUACGAUGACCUUGUGUCUUGUGCUCUCAGGAGGUAUUUUGCUAAAAGAGGUGUUUCUUUGGGUGAUGAAGAUCCGGUGGAGCGAUGUGCAAAUGAGCUGAAUCAGUUGGGCAGGAUGGCAUUUGAGGCUUUACUUAAGAAUCAGUUGUAUUUUAGUCAAGAUGAGGUGAGAUCCCAGUCCACAGAGGAUUUCCUACGGUUGCCUUUUAUUUCGCGAGAGUCAAGUGUAAGCAGGAUCAGACCAACACCGUGCUACUCGUUUAGUCACAAAACGUUUCAAGAAUACUUUGCGGCGUUUUACCUGGCCCACCAGGUUUUGUCUGGUGACAAAGGGAAGGAGAGACUGUUGGAUGAACUUAGUCCUAUUGACAACUGGCAGUUGUGGGAAUUUCUCAUCUCAAUAGUGUUAAGCAAGAGUGUUAAGGCGACAGAAACUGUUGUCUCUCGGCUUUGUGCUUUCUUCUGUCAAAACAGACAUCAAAGUUUAUUGGACUUGAAUGGCAGUGAUGUUGAUUUGGAGAACGAAAUUUUUGAAGACAACCCGUAUGACUGGGGUAGAUAUUUGACAAAAAUGAGUAAAGAUGAAGAAACACGAUGCAGUGUCCUCCGAAAAGCACUUGAUUUUAUUGUUGAGUGUGAAGAUGGUGAUAACGAACUAAAGGAUUACCAAAUGAAAAUGGUUCAUGUAUUGGCGCGCUGCUUUCCACUGAAAAAAUUCGAACUUACUCUCAGGAGUGAUGAUACUAGUAACCGCUGCUCCGUGUAUUCUGAGUAUCUAAGGUUCAAUUACAGUUUGACAGAUUUAAUUGUACAUAGUGUGUUUGACCCAUUACUGUUAAAAAUAAUUGAACAUGUUUUUCAUUCUAAGCAAAAUUUGGUACAUUUUACUUUAGAAAACGCGAUGUGGAUUUUUGAUGCCUUUCUUUCUUUAUGUGUUGCUCCGCCUGAUUUAGAAAAGGCUUUCUUAGAUCAGGCACAACGUCUUCAGUGGAACCAGUUGGUCGGUACUAGAGCACUGCUGUCAGAGGUCCUUCAGUCAGGUCGUGUUUUAACACAUCUGAAUCUAGACAGAGUCUGGAUCUGCGAUGGAGGAACUCAAGUACUUGCCAAGUUCCUUCAAACAAAUCGAACUUUAACACAUCUUAAUCUACCUCACGCCAUGAUCUAUGACAUUGGAGCCAUUGCACUCGGGAACGCUCUUCUGUCGAACUGCACAUUGACACAUUUGAGUCUUCCGGAAAAUUGGAUCAGUUUCGCUGGAGCUUUCGCUUUAGCGGCAAGUCUGGUGUCCAAUUCUGUGUUAAUGUACUUGGAUCUGAGUCAAAAUCUUGGCGGCGAUUCAGUUGCCCUGGCGCUGUCGAAAGCUGUGGAAUCUAACUGCGCCCUAAAGUACUUGAAUCUGAGUCAAUGCUUUGACUGCACUGAAAAAAAUACACCUUUUCCGGUAUCCGCUAACGUGCACGUUGAAAUGAUCGGGCCUAAAGGAGGAUCAGCCCUUGCAAAAGCUCUUCAAUUCAACUGUACAUUGACGUAUUUAGAUCUUCAGUAUAAUAACAUCGGCGACUCAGGAGCAGCAGCACUUGGCGAGGCUCUACAAACAAACACAACUUUGAAGGAAUUAUACCUCAAAGAUAAUAAGAUAGGGGAAACAGGAUCAGAAGCUCUCGGAAAGGGACUGCAAUCAAAUCAUACUUUGACCUAUUUGAAUCUAAGUUAUAACCUCCGUAUUGGUGAUUCAGGCGCGGUAGCCAUUGCAAAGGCACUACAGAGAAGCGGCAGUCAGUUAACCCGGUUAGAUCUGAGUGUUAACAAAAUCGGUUCCUCAGGUGCCACCUCCAUCUCAGAAGCUCUUUGCGUUAACAGUUCUCUUACACAUUUAGGAUUGGGGAGUAAUGAGAUCCAUUCUUCUGGCGCCGUCACAAUUGCAAACUCACUUCAAUCAAAUCGUACGUUAAUUCAUCUGAAUUUGAUAGGCAACGGCAUUGGUGAUUCAGGGGCCAAAGGAUUUGCACACGCUCUUAAGAAUCACAACAACACGUUGGGUUUUUUAGACCUUGGUUUCAACGAUUCAAUAAGUUCAGUAGGAAUAGAAAGCCUUGAACAAGUUGAUCAGUCGAAAUGUAUCGUAAAGUACAAAGGCCGGAAGUAA